AUGCAUGUCGUGAGUGACUCGAAGUACGUAGUGGACGGGCUCACGAAGCACUUGCCGGCAUGGGAGCAACGCGGAUGGAUCGGCGUUGCAAAUGCUGACAUUAUAAAAGAGACAGUCGCCCUCCUACGCACCCGAAGCGCCCCGACGACCUUUCGAUGGGUUAAAGGGCAUGCGGAUGAGAUCGGCAAUGUCGAAGCGGACAAGCUGGCAAAGAUUGGUGCUGAAGCGGCGCGCCCUUUCCGCCCUGUGGCACUACCACCGAAGGCGGCGUAUGUGAAGGACGGCGCGUCGCUGGCGCACCUCACCCAAAGCCUGGCAUACCGUGGUAUCAGAGAAAGGAAGAAGCGUGUGCAACGUAAGUCCACCCACCGGAAUGUAUGCGGUGCACUCGCUGCAAUUAAGAACGCGACGAGCGAGGAGCACAUUGCCGCCUCGCUGUGGAUGUCUCUCCGAAAGGACCCUAUCGAGAAGAAGGUCAGAGAUUUUGUGUGGAAAGCCCUCCACGACGCCCACCGUGUAGGUAAAUUCUGGCUUAACAUCCCGGGCUAUGAAGGGCGAGGCACGUGCCGCCACUGCGAGUGCGUGGAGUCGCUCGAGCACAUCUUGACGGAGUGCAAGGCGCCGGGACAGCGCACGGCGUGGGACCUGGCUAGACAGAUGCUAGCAAAGAAGAAGGUGACACUGCCCGAUGUCACGGUGGGACUGGUGCUAGGCGGCCACCUCUGGAACGUUAAGAAUGACGACGGAGAACUGAACACGGGCGCAACGAGACUAACGAGGCUGAUCAUUAGUGAGACGGCUUACCUGGUGUGGAAGCUGCGCUGCGAAAGAGUGAUAGAAUGGGCUGAGGAGCACCCCCGAGUGCACUCAGUAUGUGAGAUCACCAGGCGGUGGCUGGCGGCGGUAAACAAGCGCCUUGAUAUUGACUGCGCGCUUACGAACAAGCGUGUUGCUGGCCGUAACGCGCUAGCACCGUGCACGGUGGAAGCAACAUGGGGAGGUGUCCUUGAUGAUGAGGCGCACCUCCCGCCGGACUGGACAAGCAAGUCGGGGGUUUUGGUGGGUAGGCUGACGCCGCAGCGCGAUGAAGGGUGA